ACUACAGACCUAAGACCUAUGCUGCGUGGCUUCAGUGGUCUCUUCUGAUUGACUUUUUUUUUGCCAGUCAUCUGAGCUACAUUUUAUCCUGAGAUACAAUCACGGAAUAGUAUUUUUUUCUUUGCAAGCUGUAUUUUGAUAACUUUUUUUAUUAGAAAUCAUUUGUUUCUAAAAGGGCCAUGUAACAGCUGUCCAGAGGCAAAACAGCAGAAGUAAAAAUAUAGCAAAAACAAAUGAAGAGUUGAGAGUGCUGAUUUGGAGCCUCACUUGGAAAGGUGUUUUACUUUUUGCAGGACAGAAGGCACAUAAAGAGACAACACACUUAGGUCUUUGCCAUGAUCUACAUAUACAUGUAUAGAGAGAGUAGAUCAUCAGCCAAUCACCUAAAAAUAUAUUGCAAAUAGAAAUCUUGAACUGUCUCUCUAUGUGCUUGUGCUGCAUCCAUUAUUUUGGUACUUCAACUGCUUUGAAACAGAAGUGAGAUACAACUUCCCUAAUAGAAGAAAAAAAAAAGGCUAUGAACAUUUGAACAGGUGUCUGACAUUGUUUGGAGCCUGUUAACGAUGCUUUUUAAUUGGGACUGCUCCUCAGAACCAGCCACUUGGAACUAAUUGUUACUAAAGCGGGAAGGACUCACAGAGGUAUCCGCAAGCUGAUUUAGCAUCUUCUUGUUCCUUGGGUUGCUGGGCCAGCUCAAGGGAGCAAUCUGGGGUAGCUGUAAAAGCUCCUUUAGGUUGUACUAGCUGCAACUACCAACCAGAGACCAUUCCAGUGCAUGGUAGUGAUCUGGACAUAGCUCUUUAUUCCCAGCCUCACCCCUGUCAAGGGCAGUCAGUUUUAAGCUGGUUUGAAGGCUGCUUUGCACAAGCAAAGCAUAUAAAGCAGCGUUGGGGGCAGACUUUGGACCAAUGCUCAUUAUUUGCAUAGUGAAACGUGGGUAUUUUAUGAAUAAAUAAUAACAACAGAAAAAUCAGGACCUUAUCUUACCAAUUAAAAACCAACGUUCAUAGGCUUGAAAGGGUAUCAUAGAAAAGUAGGGCUGGACGGGACCUCUCAAGAUUAUCUAGUUCAACCACCUGGAUGACACCUUAGCUAAAUGAAAGAUGGAGUUGUCAGGGUCCUUAUUACAUGGGCUCAAGGUACUGGGCAUAUGCCACUCAGUUUUUCGGAGAGGGAGGAAGGCUAGAUGCAGAUGCAAGCUUGUCUUCUCUUGAAACCAUUCACGGAGCUAUAUAGCAGCCUGGGAGGUGCCUGCGCUCAACUGUAAAAGUAACUGCAGAACUGAUGUGCAGCUACAAUGGGACGGUCAAGGGGAGACACUGAGCAGAGUCCAUAGGACAGUGUCCACUGGUCUUCAAACAAGUCCAAGGAGCCAGUGGGCACUGCCCAGUGAAACUCUGCCUGGAGACAUGGAUGGACCAGGGACUGGAAAACAGCCCUGCAAUCCCUGGGGCUCCUUCUCGUCAGAGCCUCCUUCCUGGUCAGGUGUUCGGCGCUGUCAAAGAGAGGCCUUUUGCUGCGCCGUGCUGGACCGUGGGCUGAAGCCCGCCUAGUAGAGCUAGAAGCCCUCUUGAUGAGACGGGGCUGCUAAGGGCACACCGGUGAUCGCUUGGGACAACUCAAAGACAAAAUAGGGACAGGAGUGAAGGUCGUAGGUUCGAAACAAGUGCACAGAGAAGAGCAUGCCGGACAACGCCCGCUGGCCCUCGAACGAGGCCAAGGAGCCAGUGGACACUGCCCGGUGAAACCUGAAUGGACGAGGGACAGUCCCGGGGGCCUCCCCCCUGGUCAGCGCUCGGGGAUCUGCCAGUGAACCGCGCCAGGGCCCCCGCGGCCUGGGAAGGGUGGGCUGCCGGACCGAAGUGACCGUGGACCGACAAACCGCAGCCUGGAAGCGACCGGCAGCCACCCCUUUGUUAUAGCGAGUGUCGAAACGGCGUGGCUGCCCGCGCUGCGUCGGCAGCCAACAACCCCUUGUCAUGCCCGCUAUCAAAAAGGGGUGGCGUCCCGCUCGCUGCGGCUCUGCAGCGCGCCGGGCCGUGGGCACUCGCCGGUCCCCAGCCCAACAAGGCCGGGCAGCGCGCGGCCUGCCCCGACCCCGACCCCGACCACGACCACGCGCGACUCGUCCCGCGCGGGCACCUGGAGGCGGCGGGCGGGGCGCUGCGGGGCGCAUGCUCGCGGCUCACACUAGCUCGCUGGGAGCCGGCGGCCGCUCGGGCGAGCGCGGGGGCAGGGCCCAGGCCCGCGCCUGCGCCAGGUUUGGUGGCGCUGCGCGAGGAGUGACCAGCAGCAGCAGGAGCAAUGGAGAUGCAGUCCUACUACACCAAGCUCCUGGGGGAGCUCAAUGAGCAACGGAAGAGGGACUUUUUCUGCGACUGCAGCAUUAUUGUGGAAGGCAGGAUCUUUAAAGCACACAAGAACAUUUUGUUUGCCAACAGCGGCUACUUCCGAGCCUUACUGAUUCACUACAUUCAAGACAGCGGACGACACAGCACUGCUUCUUUGGACAUUGUUACUUCAGAGGCCUUCUCCAUCAUUUUAGACUUCCUUUAUUCAGGGAAGCUGGACCUCUGUGGGGAAAAUGUUAUCGAGGUCAUGUCUGCAGCUAGCUACCUGCAGAUGACUGAUGUGGUUAACUUCUGCAAAACGUACAUCAGGUCAUCUCUAGAUAUCUGCAGGAAAAUAGAGAGAGAGGCUGCUUUCUAUCAGGCUGAUAGUGGAAGCUCCAGUUCUGCCAGAGAAGGCACCUCUUAUGGUACAAAGAACCAGUGCUCGGCCUCUGUCUCUUCUCUGCAAGAAAAGGAAAGGCUUUCAGAUUGUCAGAGAGAUCCUCCCUGCGGUGAAUGCAGCAGCUGCCACCCCUUGGAACUUGUGGUGAGAGACCCCGUGAGCAGCGACUCCCCUGACGACCUUAAUUCUUCGCUGCCCAAAGGGGUGGAACCCAAAGUAGAGUUUGACUCGGAUGAAGUGGAAGUGGAAGUGGGUGAACGACUACAGCAGUAUCCAACUCCACUGUCUCUCGAGCAGAUGGAAGAAGGGCUGCACAGCGGUCAGGCCGUGGACCUGGCCUGCAAUAACUAUCAUAUGAAGCAGUUCCUGGAGGCUCUGCUGCGCAAUAGCACCGCUCAGAGAAAAGACGAUGUAGUCCAUCACUUUGUUCGGGGCUUUGAGGGUAGGCCAGAGGAUGCAGGGGUGGCCAUGAGUUCCAUGAUGGACAUUCACAGCGACUGGUACGGUGAGGAUACAGGUGAUGUGUUAGUUGUGCCAAUCAAGCUCCACAAAUGCCCAUUCUGUCCCUACACGGCUAAGCAGAAGGGAAUACUAAAACGGCACAUCCGCUCCCACACUGGCGAGAGACCCUAUCCCUGUGAGACGUGUGGCAAGCGCUUCACCCGGCAGGAGCACCUUCGGAGUCAUGCUCUAAGUGUGCAUCGAUCAAACAAGCCAAUUAUCUGCAAAGGUUGCAGAAGAACGUUUACAAGUAGCCUGUCGCAGGGAUUACGACGUUUUGGCUUAUGUGACAGCUGCACUUGUGUAACCACUACACAUGAGGAUUCCAUGCCUAUUAACCUCAGUUUGAUGGAACCAUCAUCAGAAAGUCAAGAAAAGGGUGAUACGGACAAUGACUGGCCCAUAUAUGUGGAAUCUGGUGAGGAAAAUGAUCCAGCUGAUGAUGACGAUGGUGAUGGUGAUGAUAAACAAGAAAUCCACAGGAGUUUAUCAGACCGGGAAGCACUUAUGUAGCAACAAAAGGAAGGUGGAAGGAUUUAAAGUAUCAUCCCCAAGAUUUGUCAUGUUGCAGCAGAAAACUGCAGAUUUAUGCAGUUCUUUCAAGUGUUUUAUUAGUAGAUUCCAUUUUUGAUAAAACACGAGAGAAGAAUUGAAUUUUGGAUUUUUUUUUAAGGUUCCAGUGCUGUGCACUAGCAUUCUGAGGGAAGUUUCCUGUCCUGGCUAAACAGAGGCUGGGUUCCUCGCAAUCUCCACUUGUGCUUCUACAGCCUGGCUAUGGGGAAAAGAAUGUUUUUUUAAUAGAUGAAAUAUCUCCAUGUUUGUUUGAUACUAAGUUUCCUCCCAUAAUGCUGCCACGGCCCCCACUGCUGAUCUCAAAGGGGAGGUAUCAUCUAGGAAAAAAAAUACAUUUCAUCAUUAACUUUGGACUUCUCUAAACUACUUUGCCAUUUUCCCAGCUCAGUUAUGACAGCCCUAUGUGUAGAUCCUACUAGUUUAUUUAACCUUAAGUUUAGAAUAGCAUGUGAGCUGGAAAGCAGGGUAAACAACCAAGAUAACAAGACCUGUGCUACAGAUGGAAGUAUAUUCAGGAAAGAAUCUUCACAUAUGCUUAUUUACAUGCGUUUCAGAGAGCAAGCCAAUUUUCUGGGCAGCUUUUCUUUUGCUCCAUCUCCUUGCUGGAGAGCAACAGAACUUGAGCUGUGGAUCUUCAAGUCUGUCUUGAAUGCUAUUAGAUUUGGAUUAAAAACUAUCAAGAGUGACUCACGAUCAUGGAAAAUAUCAUGUCAGCUAACAAGCACUAGUCUCAAGCAAGAUUAAGUGCACUAUCUUCCUGUUUUCAUCCUUUUAAAGUAGAAGUUAUGACCUUAGUAGACUAGAAACGUGGUAACUUUGAGAAUUCCAUUUAUAGUAGUUUAAAUAAUUAGAUCUGAUGCUAAUAUAACUAAGGCAAUUCCAAAGAAAAAUCUGAACUACACACUAAAUAUUCCUGUAAACUACACUUAAAGCAGUCAAGCAAAUAUCUAUGUGAAAUUUGCUAUAGCCUCCCCAUAUGCAAAUCCUUUUCUUUUCCUUGUGUGUGUGUGUAUGUGAGAGAGUUUUUUUUUCCCUCCUUAGUCUUUGGUGAUUGCCAUGAUGGUUUACAUUGUCUAUUGAAUUCAUCCAAGUGCUCUCUAAAAUUCCAGCUUGGACCCUGCAUUCUCCCUGUAGGUUAGGUGCAAAUCGAUUUGUGAAGGUGAUGAGGUCACUAUAAUCAGUUUACCUCUCCAGUAGUGAAUUGCUAUAAAUUAUAGAAAUUAAGCUGGGAAACUUGGAGUGGGGGGAGCUCAUGGAUAAGCUACUUCUAAACUUGCUACUAAUGAGAAGACAAUGUUGGAGGAUUCUAUGAAGUGAAAGUGCAUGUUCUACAUAGAUGGCCCUUUCUUACUAUCUUGUUCAUAAGUGUUUAGUGAAAAGGUAUAUUGUACAGGAGUUUCAUUCUGGAUCAAAUGUUAGAACAGAAGAUUGAAGCCAGAUGUCGGUGUUAAAAGAAGAUUGUCUCACUUAAAGAAAAUGUUACUUUUAUAUUUUAAGGGAAGCUAUUGCAUUGGGAAAAUGGAAUAGAACAUUUCUAUAUAAAAAAGCAGCUAAUUUAAUUUAAUCUAGUUAUUUUCUGUCUACUUUGUGCUUUUAUUUCAAAGAUUGAAUAAGAACAUUGUACCCUGCAAUUCAGCUUCUCUAUCUGCUCCAUCCUAUAGUGAAGCAAUAAUUCUGUUAUGUCACACUUUUUAUUUUGAAGUGAUUAUGGUAUCACAAAUGUAGCAUUAUGACUGCAUUGCAAAAUCAAGUAGGAUGAGAAAAGAAAAAAAAAAAAGCUUUUGUUUAAACAGGUCACUUUAAUUAUUUAGUGAAGUAGUGAGAAAUUAAAAAAAAACAAGUGAAAGAUAAAUAGACCUAUUUAAUAAAUCUCCCUAGAAUCAACAUUUCUUUAAAUGCUACCUUCUCUGACUAUGUGUGCAUCUCUGUCUGGGUUUAUGUUGUCUGAUUUAAAUUGAGUGGUGCAAAAUACUAAAGGAAUGUUGUUUGUAAACAGAUUUUGUUACAAAUCCUCCUAAAUAAUUAUUUCAAAUAAUUUGUAAAUUGAUGUUAGAGAUAUCUGAACAGAUGUAUCACAGUUGUACCAACAAGACAAUUAGUACUAGGCUAGAUUUUUCAAAAGAACUUGGCACCCAGCAGACACUUAAAUAAAGCAGUGAGAUUUUUCAAAAGCAUCCUAAACGGUUUCUAUUAGGUGCCUUUAUGGGAUCUAAGCUGUCUUAAAAAUCCUACUCUAUUUUUAGGUGCCAAGCACUUUUGAGAAUCUCACCCUCCAGGUGGGUUUUUAAAUCACUUAAGUCACUUUGGAAAAUUCUGCCUAUAGUCCUAUAGGGCUUAUCUCUUUAAUUACUUCUUUAUUUCUGCUUAGUCAACCUAGCUUCAUAGUGGUAUUUUCUGAGAUUUGAUUGUCAGAUAAGGGAAGGACGUUUAUGUGUGCAGAUGUUUGAAAAGAAAUCCUCAUACGUAGGACUGUUGAGGGCUAUAUUGUAUAAUGAAUGUGGGAUAGGAAUGUAAAUAGUGACUCUAACUGUUAAUGAAUAGGCAAUCUGAUCUUUAUGGUCAAUCUGACAGAGAGAUGCCACCUCCUUGUAAAUAUUUUAGAGGCCAUUAAACUUGGAAUAUCAGUUGAAUAUGGUACUGGCUGGUGAGCUAUGAUUGAGCUUUCUGGUGAUUAAACUAAUUAAAGAAAGCUGCAUGGCUGUGGCGAGACAUGUGCUAGUGAACUCUGAAAUUGUGAAGACCUCCAAAGGAGGAAAUUCAUUGCUCUUGUGAAGGUCUGUAUAUCCAAAUUUAAGAGGUGACCUUCAACAAUUCUAUUUCAGCCUGUUUUCUUUGGUCUAGAGAUUUUUCUUGUGUGUCUCGUGCAUAGAGAAUGGACCUGUAUUAGCUUUUGUGUAAUGUGGGGGGAAAGAGGGUGGGUGGGAAAGACAUUCAAUUCACAUUCCAUUUGAAAGUAACCACCAAAAUUGCUAUUUCCUGUUCUGUCAUAUUGUGCUGCUUUGUUUUUCAGUGGGUCCUUGCUUCAGCCUUUGUAUUUAGUAGAAAAAGAUGUACUUAAUUCACUUUCUUGUGAUAGAUGUUCAUGUAAAUCUGUUUUCUGUGCUUCCCACCCGGUAUCAUGAUGUUUCCCUGAAAUCUUCCUUUGAGAACUCAGCCUUUGCAAGCUUUGAGGAAAUGAUCUAUCUGUUCUAAAAAAAAUAUUCAUAUGGUGCUUAAUGAAGACUCAAACGACUGUUUUUAGGUGUCUAGUUUCUAAUGUGAUCUUUUUUCUCUUUUUAAAAGGUCAUGGAAACUACAUAUCUUAAACUUUUUCAUAAUUCCUGAUGUAUUCCUGUAAUUCCUGAUCCAUUCCUGAUCUUUGUUCAGGAAUGGAUAUCUUAAUUUAUUUUUGCAUAUAAUUGCACUGUUUUUCACUGAAGAAAUGCAUGCUGCAAUGAUAUCAAUAGUGCAUUUCACUUCCUGGUGCAAGACCUGAUUUUAACCUUAAAAAUAGUAAUCUUCCAAAAUUGAAUAACUUUGUUUGUUCGAUAUUUGAAAGCAAUUUGAUAGCUGGAGUCUGAACCUAGUCUACCUUUUAAUUAACCGAAACUCCUGUAAGAUGAACCUUGUUUACAUAGGUGAACUCACUACAUUAUUGGAUACUGAAGCAAUCUAAAAGUUAUUGGCCCUUUCUAGAAAUAAACCUUUUUGAGGUAGUGAUUCUUGUAUUUUACAAAACAUACACAAAUUGACUGCAUAAAUUGUUGAAAUUUGAAGUUAAGGCUUUUACUCCAUUUUUAAUUUCUGGAAAUUCAAUCCAUUUGUUGCUGACAAUGGACAAUGUAUAAACAAAAAUCCAAAUUUUAGUGGGAAGCAAAUAAAAGUCUAAUCAGUAGCAAAAGUAUAAUCGGGUAUCACUCCUAACUGAAUGUCCUUACCUAUUUUUAUGGUUUUGCUAUCAUUCUUUUUUCUUUUUUUUUGUCUUUUCCCCUCCCCUAUGGCAGUGUGAGGGGUGGGCAGCAUGCUGCCAAAAAAGCAGUGAAACUGGCUACACGGAAAGUGGUGUCAUAUGCAUAUCAUAAACUCGGAGCGAGAGAGAGAGAUUUUUUCCCUUUAUCUCCCCCAGUGGUGACAAAAUUGUACGUUACAAAAAUAACAACAGUACAUUUAAGAAAAUCCAAAACAAGUAUUAUUUUAAAUUUGUUUAUAUUAAGUGAACAUUUAAGAAAUACACUUUACUUUUCACUAGUUUUCUUUUUGCAUUUCUUCCAUGUCAAGACUGAAUGUGUUAUAUUAUGGGUCUUAAUGCUACAGCAUUGGAGUUUCAAACAUCACAUAGGAAUUGCGCACAUAUUUAAAUGAACCAUUAUCAUUUGCUAACAGGUGGAAACAUAUUUGUUGGCUAUACACUGCGUAAAAGUUUGUCUGUUUUCACAGGGCUAAAAUUUGGGGUUAAACCUAAAAGUUGAUAAUAUACUUCUGCACUAUGGCAUGCAUAAUUUUAUUUUGUGGGUUGUUUUCCUUCUUCACCUUUCUAGAAAGUGGAAAAUACAAUAUAAUGCAGUAUGAACAAUACAAGUUCAAUGAAGAUUCAGGUUCCGGUUCUGGAACUUUCAAGUUUAGACUUUCCGUGCGUGUGGAAUUGUUAAAAAUCUUUUAAAGACUUCAGCUGUUCUUAAAGGAAAAUUGGUAGUUAGGGAAAUGUAGUCAUGAUAUUGUCACUGGCUCUCCCAUGUACAGAUUGUAGUAGGAUUCAGGCCACCACUAUGGUGGUGUUGUUACUAUUGCCAAGGCAAACUUGAACAUUCUUUAGUUAGGAAAGCUCCUGACAAUGACUAAAGCAAGUACUUCUCUUUAAAAUUAAACUUCUAUUUUAAAUCGGUGUAAGCACGGUCACAAAUUAAGUAUGACAGUUACAGUACAUAGUUAUUUAAACACCAUUCCAAAAUAGAGAAGCAGUAUUCCACAUUCAAAACUAUAGAUCUGCAAAACCAUUUGCAGAACAGUUUCUAUUUAAAAUUAGAAUUACCAAAAUAUGUGAGUUUAGGUUUCUUACAUACCUGUAGCUAAUAGUCCUACAAAGACUUAAAUACAUGCUUAAUUGAGUGGCUGUAUGCAACAUGGAACUAAUCAUGCAUGAAGUUAAGCAUGAUUGUAUUUUUUUUGUAUGUUUUGUAUUUUUUUGGAACACUAGGGGCCAGAUCAGAAAUAGUCCUUCAGGUAGUUUUGAACAGUAAGAUUUAGUUUGUAUUGAAAUUUCAGUUACUUAUGUACCUCUGAAAUUUAAGUUUAUUAUGUGAAUGCUAAGUUAAUGUUGGUGUCCUUGAUUGUGCCAAUGAUAUUCAAAUUAUUUUAUUAUUGUUUGAGCCCGAAUAACUAAUAAUGAGGGAGACGAAAUAUACCAUAUACUGUUCAAAUAGUAAUUUUAGAAUGUUUGCUUUAGAAAUGCUCUAUUUUUAUAUAUUUUUUUAAGUUUUAUUGUUGGAGCAGGUAGAUAAUGUUGCUUCUUUUACUGGAUCAACAAAUCAUUUAGAAUAUUUCCAUUUUGAGGACUCAUUAGCUUCUGUAUUAAACUGAGAGACUGUUAAACCAACCAAAAGUUAAGCCAGCACCUAAUAUCAGAAGCUUUUUGACCUGAAAGCACCUAUAUUUGAUUCAGCAAGUACCUUUAAGGUCUUCAAGGCAUGGGUCUCAAAGUCAAUAUACGGUUUAUUUUUAUGGUGCCCAAUAUGAAAUCAGAAUUAUACACUUUAGUGUACUUGCUGAUCCAGUAAAGGCUGUUUUCUGCCUUUCCACUUUUGAAGGCCAGCAUGACAACAAGUAUUUUUUGAAUAUUAGGGUUAAAUCAACUUCUUGAAACAGAUGAGUUGGUUAACUAAACCUGAUGUAUGACAGUAAUAAAUAUGAAGCAUGCUUAGAUACAAAAGAUAAGCAAACAAAUGUGAAGGAAGUUCCUCAGUUAUCCUUACUUUUUCUGUAAGUCUCCAACUUCUGUUAUAUUUUCACUGUUUCAAAUAGUACUUUCGGUUGAAUAAACAGUUAAAAACAGGAGAGAAACGUGACUCUUUAAAAAUGUCUUGGUAUUGUUAUUAUUAUGUAAUAGCAAGGUAAGAUACAGUUUUAAAAAAAUGAAAUACUAAGGCAGCCCUUUCUCUUGAGAGAGAAGGAACUGACAUCUAAUCGAUUAUCCCCUGGUUGCAUAAGCAUUUAGGGACAAUAGUUUUAUGUGGAACACUAGUCUCACUGUGCAACUCUAACGCUAGGAUCUUUUCAAUGUCUGACAAAAGAUUACUGCACAGUAUUUAAACCUUUCAUUGUGCAAUAGGAGAAGAAGUGCUAGCCAGGCAGACCUUUGGAGAUCUUAAUACUGGAAAUGUUCCAGUGGUCACUAAUGGGAAAGCAGCACUGACAUUUUAUCAUUAGCUGAUAGGUUUCCAAGUGUAUGUGUCCCUCUGAUACUAUUGUGUGUGUGUGUGUGUGCGUACGUGUGUGUGUGCGCGUGUGUGUAUCAGGGUGGCUGAUUUAGAAGUUAAUUAAACCAAAGUUGAGAAUUUGUGUAUACCACCAACAUAUAGCAGCAAUUUACCCUUUUUAAGGGGUGGGAAACAAAUCUUUAAGUGCUUUUUUGUAACUUUUUUUCUACAGUGGUGCAUUACUGAAUUUGUCUUUAUUGUAUGUUAAAUUGUAUAUGUAUUAUAUGUUUAUAUUGUUGUAUGUAGUCCAGUUCUUUUAUAGUUAAAGAACAGAAAACUCAAAUAUCUAACAAUAAAAAAUGUGGCAUGUUUUUA